ACUUUUCGCUAAUGUAAUUGUAUUCGUAAAAUUUUCACUGAAACGUAUGUCGGCUAAAUAACCUAAAAAUGAUAUUUAUUCAACAGUUUUGAAUGAAUAAAUAAAAGAACUUUGGAUUUUUACUGAAUACUUAAACCACUAUACUCAAGGUGAAUUUUAUAUUUUCUAAAUAAUUAUAAUGUCAGACGAAAUACCCGAAGUGCUUGAAGAAAGGACUAACAGUGCCGAAAAGCAGGUGAUGGAAAUAGAAGAUGAAUUAGACAAGCUUGCGAAAGGUGACCUAAGUUAUGUAGGCGAUCCACGACUUGAUAAACUGCUUUCUGACAACGAGAAAUUAAAACAUCGCCUUGCUGUAUUAGAAAAUGCAAUCGAAAAGGAAAAACGUGGUAGCACGUCAGCGGUGGUAAUUAAAAAGCCUAAAAUACUGCCUACGUUGGUCACCGACAUCAACUCGGUAGAUGGCACAUUCUGCAUAUUAGAUGAACUCAUAAAUAUUUUCACUUUAGGAAUUACCUCGGCAUACCCGGAUUUAGAAGAUCCGCCAGUCAACAUUACUCUAUCUGGUAACAAUCCGAAGUUUGGCGACUACCAGUGUAACUCGGCUAUGCAAAUAUCGAAGCUACUUAAAGAUAGGGACGUGAAAACAAAUCCCAGGGAAGUUGCAAACAAUAUUCUGAAUAAAACACCAACAUCACCCCUCGUUAGUAAAACAGAAGUGGCCGGAGCAGGAUUUCUUAAUAUUUAUCUAAAUAAACAGUUUGCAGAACACAUUCUUAACUAUAUCCUGAAAUUUGGUGUCAAACCGCCACCAGUGAAACAGCAGCGUAUCAUUGUUGACUUUUCGUCACCGAAUGUCGCAAAAGAAAUGCACGUAGGACACUUGAGGUCCACUAUAAUAGGUGACAGUAUUUGCAGGCUCUUAGAGUUCUUGAAACAUGAUGUUAUGAGAAUAAACCACCUCGGAGAUUGGGGUACGCAGUUUGGUAUGCUUAUCGCUCACUUGCAGGACAUGUAUCCAGAUUUUAAAACCCAUUCACCUCCAAUAGCUGAUUUGCAAGCAUUCUACAAGGAGUCAAAAAAGAGGUUUGAUGAGGAUGAGGAGUUUAAAAAGAGAGCCUACGCCUGCGUUGUUCAGUUGCAGGCGGGCCAACCAGACUACAUAGCUGCUUGGAAAUUAAUUUGUAAUGUAUCAUUACAAGACUUUCAAACAAUUUAUGACAGAUUAAAUAUUAAAAUUGUUCCCCGAGGGGAAUCUUUUUAUCACAGCAGGAUGAUGACAGAUGUUAAAGAAUUGAAAGAGAAGGGUUAUUUGGAAGAAGAUGAAGGAAGACUGAUUAUGUGGCCUAACCCUGAUAAUCAUGAUGGUAUACCGUUAACAAUUGUUAAAUCUGACGGUGGAUACACAUAUGACACAUCUGACAUGUCAGCUAUUAAACAGAGGGUGCAAGAAGAAAAAUGUGACAGGUUCAUUUAUGUAACAGACGUAGGUCAAUAUACACAUUUCGUUCUGAUAGAUGCUUGUGCUCGGAGGGCUGGUAUACUGAGCAAUGAUCAGAGAUUAGAGCAUGUAGGCUUUGGAGUGGUUUUGGGUGAAGACAAGAAAAAAUUCAAGACUAGAUCUGGUGAUACCAUUAAAUUACGUGAUUUGUUGGAUGAAGGCUUAAAGAGGGCUCUAGACAAAUUAAUAGAAAAAGGUAGAGAUAAAGUUCUUACUCCAGAAGAGUUAAAACAGGCACAAGAGGCAGUUGCCUAUGGUUGCAUAAAAUAUGCAGAUCUGUCACAUAACAGAAUUAACGAUUAUGUCUUUUCAUUUGAUAAAAUGUUAGAUGAUAAAGGUAAUACAGCAGUUUAUUUACUCUACUCCUUGACUAGGAUUAGGUCUAUUGCACGAACUGCUCAAAUAUCCAUUGAAAAAUUAAUGGAGGAAGCUCAAAAAUCUGGUAUUAAACUGAAUGACGAAACAGAAUGGAAACUAGGCAAAGUUCUUCUCAGGUUCCCAGAGGUUAUUCUCAAAGUUUCCAAGGAAUUAUACAUACACAGUUUAUGUGAAUAUUUGUACGAUAUAUGCUCAGCUUUCACAGAUUUUUAUGACAAAUGCUACUGUGUUGAAAAAGAUAAAAGUGGGAAUAUUGUUAAAAUUUUCUAUGAGAGGCUGAUGCUUUGUGAGGUAACUGCAAAGGUCAUGCAAAAAUGCCUCAACAUUUUAGGCCUUACUACAGUCUCUAAGAUGUAAAAUAUAUCACAUAUUAUAAUUUAUAAUGCAAUAUAUGCAUCACAGUAAUUUACUUUUUAUAAUAUUAUAUAAUUAUUUUAUAAGGAAAACAUUUCUUAAAUAAAACAGUUUGAAUGUAGGAAAA